UCUUCCCGCACAUUUCGCAUCGCCUCCCACGCUUUUUCGUUUCCGGCGCCCGCCCCGCCGCGAGACAUCGGCAUGGACCAUGGCCGCCAUGGCGACGGCGAACCCUGCACCACCUCCAACCUUCUCCUCGCAAUCCCGUACAUUCACCGCAAGCAUUUCACUGCGCACCUGCAGAGCCAUAUCCCGCUCCCGAUCCCUAGCUCUAACCGCGACACCGGCGCCGGCGCGCUCCAUCCACCUCCGCGCACGGGCCACCAAGAACGGCUCGGCACCGCCGCCGCACCCGCUCUCUGAGGUCCUCCCCUACGUCGCCGCGGAGUGGCGGACCAUCGCCAAGGGGUGGGCGUGCGCGGCGGCCGCCGUGUACUGCCUCUCGCGCACGGUGCCCGCCGCGGGGCGCCUCCCGCGCGCGCUCGCCGCCGGCGUGGGCGUGUCGCCGGAGGUCUCGAGGGGCGUGGUCGCGCUCGCGGCGCUCGCCUCCGCGCGCGCGGCCGCGUCGUACGUGCAGCAGGCCUUGCUCUGGGAGGCGGCGCUGCGGGCGGUGGCCCGCCUGCGGGAGCGCGCCUUCGAGCGCCUGCUCGCGCGCGACCUCGCCUUCUUCGAUGGCAGGGCGGGGAUGGCCGCGGGAGACAUCGCGCACCGGAUCACCGAUGAGGCCGAUGAUGUCGCCGACGCGGUGUACUCUGUUCUCAAUACAAUUGUGCCGACAAGCUUGCAGUUGAUAGCAAUGGGCACUCAAAUGGUGGCAAUAAACCCUCACCUCUCAUUAGUUGCAGCAAUGGUAAUUCCAUGCAUGUGCGUAGUCAUCGCAAAGCUUGGUGAAAGACUCCGUCAAAUGGCCAGGGAGGCCCAUCUUAGCCUCGCCAUGCUUGCAGCCUAUCUCAACGAUGUCCUUCCAUCGAUGCUCACUGUGAAGGUAAACAACGGAGAGCGCAAAGAGAUAUUAAGAUUCCAUGAGUUAGCUCUCGUUGAUCUGAAGAAUAAUUUGGGUAAGAAGAAGAUGAAAGCUCUCAUACCUCAAGCUGUUCGAACUACAUAUGUUGCAGGCCUCGUAGUGCUCUGUGCUGGUUCAGUAGCAAUUUCUGGAACCACAUUUGAUCCUGAGGGGUUUCUGUCCUUCCUAACAGCACUAGCUCUUUUUGUUGAGCCUAUUCAGGAUUUUGGGAAGGCAUACAAUGAAUAUAAACAAGGAGAGCCAGCAUUAGAACGCAUAUUUGAUCUAACAAGGUUCAUCCCUGAGGUGAGGGAUAAACCAAGUGCAGUUCAUCUAAAUUCUGUUAAGGGAGAUAUUCAGUUCCAUGACGUUACGUUCAGAUAUGUUGCUGGUAUGUCUCCAGUAGUAGAUCGCGUGAAUCUUCAUAUCAGAGCAGGAGAAACUAUUGCUAUUGUCGGACCAUCCGGUGGAGGCAAAACUACUCUUGCCAAAUUACUCCUCCGUCUAUAUCAUCCACAAAGUGGAUAUAUAAUUCUGGACAACCAUGAUAUUCAAGACAUUGAGCUAAAAUGCUUGAGAACACAUAUUGCUUUUGUUUCACAGGAUCCGAUGUUAUUUUCCGGUACAAUUGCUGAAAAUAUUGCUUAUGGAGACCCUAUGGGAAAUAUUGAUAUGAGAAAAGUUGAGAAUGCUGCUAAGAUUGCUAAUGCUGAUGAGUUCAUUAAGAUGAUGCCCAAGGGAUACGGCUCAUAUGUAGGACAGAGAGGUUCUAGUUUAAGUGGCGGGCAGAAACAAAGGUUAUCUAUUGCAAGAGCAAUCUACCAGAACUCUUCCAUACUGAUAUUGGAUGAAGCAACGUCUGCUUUGGACAGCAGAUCUCAGCUGCUACUGAAACAAGCACUGAUGAACUUGAUGACAAAUCAUACUGUUUUAAUCAUUGCUCAUAGGUUGGAAAUGAUCCUGAUGGCUGAUAGAAUUGUUUUACUAGAGGGCAGUGAAGUGCGAGAGAUGACAAGAUCAGCUUUCUUGUCUAGAGAUGGCCACUUCUCGCAACCAGAUGCCCUGAGUCCAGAAUUGGGCGAGAUUUGAUUCUAUGAGGGAAAGGUGGUAUGUCUUGUCUAUGAUACCGCCCAAGCCUAAAGGCAUUAAAUCGUAGACUACUACCCCUCAGGCAGAAAACUCUGUAACCCCUUAACCUUGUACAUAGUUGUGGCGCACCUCAUUUGUGCUCCCUGGUUUAAUUUGAGAUUUCAAAUCGCCAAUCUUCAAAA